AUGCAUUUCUAUGAUAAAUUCGGUCUUCAAGUACAAGAUUCUUUACUUAUAAAUGAUCUGAUUCGAUCUUGUGGUCAAUAUCUUUAUGUACUUGAUCUUCGUUUAAAUUCAUUACAAGAUAAUGGUAUGUCUCAUAUAGCUUCACAAUUAAGUCAAUAUGAUGAACAUCAUACACAUCAAAAUUCAAUACAUAAAAUAAGUUUUCAAUCAAAUCAAUUAACAUCUCAAGGUGUUGGUUUUCUAGCUAAAUCAUUAUUACAUAAUCGUACAAUACGUUCAUUAAAUUUAAGUCAUAAUCCAAUAACAAAUGAAGGUUUAUUUUUAUUACGUGAUACAUUAUUAACAAAUCGUACAAUAAAUGAAUUAAUAUUAAGAAAUUGUCGUUUAACAGAUCAAGCUGCUAUUGCUUUAGCUGAAUAUAUAGCUGAAUCAUCAACAAUACAAUAUAUUGAUUUAAGAGAAAAUAAUAUUCAAGUAAGUGGUAUAUGUGGUAUGGCAAUAGCAAUGAAAAAUAAUAAAUCAUUAUUAAAACUUGAUUUUGAUCAAAUUAUUUCAACAUCAACAAAUUCAAAUUUACAACCGAAUAAUAAUAAUAAUAAUAAUAAUAGUAAUAAUAUUGAUCGUUCAACAACAAAUACAAGUAGUCUUCUUUCAUUAUCAAAUCUUCGACGAAUGACAAUUGGUUUUGGUAAUUCAACAAAUAAUAUAUCAAAUAAUUCAAAUGGAACGAGUAAUCCUACUACACGUGAAUUAUUUGAACAAAAACUUAAAUGGAUGAAUGAUAUUGAAUGUAUUUGUCAAAGAAAUUUACUUCUUUAUGAAGAUCAAUUACGUCGACAACAAGAAGAAGAAGAAAAACAACAACAACAACAACAAAAUGGACAAAUAAUUGAUAAUGAUGAAAAAAAUAUAACUAAUGGAAUUGAUCAACAAGAAUCAUCAAUUACAACAUCGAAUGAUAUUCUUUUAGAAGAAAAUAUCACAGAUGAAAGUCCAUCAAAUGAGAAUAUUCCAUCAUUAUCAACAGAUAAUGAACAUUCAACAUUUUGUAUUCAAGAUAACAGUGAAGAUAAUACACACAUAUCAACAGAUGAAAUUUUACAAUCAAAUGAUACUUCAGUUAAUAAUAAUGAUAUCGUGAUAGAACUUAUAAAUACUCACUCUCAUAAUGAUAAUGAAGUUGCACAAGUAACAGAUAGUCCUAUCGAGUAAGUUAUUCUUCGAUGUUGUCUGAAUUUCUAUGUAAUUAUGUAUAACUUCGAGGAAAAAACCCAAAAAUUUAAUAUUUUCGAAGAUGGAUGAUAACUUGAAUAAGAAAUGAAGGGAAUCAUGUCUUGGCAAAUAUGCAUAGGAAAACGAUCUCUCUAAUUCUGUUCCGUGAUCUGACAAUUGUAAAACUUAGCAUAAUGGGCUUUACGACUACGACUUGUUGCUCUCCUGGGCUUCGUGCAGACUACAAUUGAUAAAACAAUUAUAACACAUAAAGUUGUUAUUCAUGUAGUUGUCAAAAAGCAAUGAGUUUGACUGUUUUUUGAAUAACUUUUGAUAGGAGCAACAUGAAGUCCUGGAGUUUUCACCAUUCAAGAGAGAAGCUUCUAGGUUGUCGACAUAUACUGAAAUCUCAUUGGUCAAUAACUCACGAUUUAGAUGAGUUCUUUGGAGAGAUUUUGAAAAAAACAAGAUAUUCUAAAACCAUUUUCCAUUGCAUCUUGAUUUCGAAUAUGUUUAACUGGUAGGAAAAAUUUUUCUCUUUCG